CAUGUCAAAUCAGUGGUCGCCAUCAAGGAACACGGCCCAGUUCCUCAUUUGAAAUGAGGGGGGCUUGCAAUGUCCCCUCCUCGAACCCCCUCGCGCCCACCCCGGCAGGCACCACCGAUUGUUGACAAAGACACCGCGAGACAGAAGAGAUCCCUAGUCUUGGUUUUUAGCAUUACGCCAUCGGAGGCCUACGGAGAACGGGAAAGCAGCGCAAACGUCUUGAAAACCAACCGUGUGGCCGGCUCGAGGCGAUUCGUAAUCGUUACCUAGUGGUCGGACCGCAGACCUCGCCGCGUGAAGAAGAGGACACCUCCGGCGAACCACAGCCACCUUUACCUACCCACACCGACAGAAUGAUCACGGCGGGUCGGGCUUGGUUGGUGUCGGUGUGAUUUAACGUAUCUCAAGUAGUCUUCCGUACCUAGAAGAACCAAGAGGCCGGGGUCUAGGCGAGAUCUGGCCGGGCAUGGUGUGAUCUGAGUCGGGCUGCCAGUCUGGAUCUGACCGGUGACCACCCGUCCUUUCCCCGGAGCCUUUGUGGCUCCAAGCCGCGUCCAGAGCACUCCAAGAUGGGGAAUUGUGACGGGAGAUGCACGCUGGUGGCGAUAUGUUCACUGCAGCUGAUGGCAGCACUACAGAGACAGGUGUUUGACUUCCUGGGCUACCAGUGGGCUCCUAUCCUGGCCAACUUCCUCCAAAUCAUGGCCGUCAUACUGGGGAUCUUUGGAACCGUGCAGUUCAGAUCCCGUUACCUCAUACUGUAUGCAGUGUGGUUGGUGCUGUGGGUGGGAUGGAACUCCUUCAUCAUCUGUUUCUACCUGGAGGUGGGACACUUGUCUCAGGACAGGGACUUCCUAAUGACUUUCAACACGUCGCUGCAUCGGUCAUGGUGGAUGGAGCAUGGCCCUGGUUGCCUAGUAACACCCGUGUUGGACUCCCGCAUUGCCCCUGAUGACCACCAUGUCAUCACCGUCUCCGGCUGUCUCCUUGACUACCAGUACAUUGAGGUGUUGAGCUCUGCACUACAGGUCUUACUGGCUCUCUUUGGCAUUGUGUAUGCCUGCUACGUGAGCAAAGUCUUCCAGGAUGACGAGGAUAGCUUUGAUUUCAUUGGUGGCUUUGACUCCUAUGGUUACCAGCCUCCUCAGAAGACCUCCCACCUCCAACUGCAGCCCCUCUACACUGCUGGGUAGGUGAAGGUGGCGCACCUAUCAGACAAUAUCUCAGCAGGGAAGCGGAGUCGCCAUGGGAAUAGAACAUUCACUCUGUGUGUCACAGUACAACUGAACGAUAGACUCACCUGUGUGUGUAUGUGAAACCGUGUGUGUAUGUGUUAACCAAGGGUAAACUGACUGACACCCCUGAGGUGAAUGUACCAGCAGUUCUAGGGGGAAGCAGGGGGAGAUGGCAGGGAGACACUGGGCGUGGUCACAUCCUAAUGGACACUGAGGAUAUUGAGAGGACACUGCACCUACCGGCUCUCCACAUUCCUGCGACCCUGUGUGUGUGGCGCUACAGGACUAGCUGGAUGACCUCUGAACUAUUGUGGAAGGGGCCUCGAAGUCACAUGGGGCACAGCUCUUCAUGUUGUCGUUUUAGAAUGUGAUGUUGUAAUAGAACAGUCGAAUGUCGAAUUCCAAGCUUGUCCCUAGUUCUGUUGUGACAGGGUGACUGUUUAAACACAAUCACGGCAAAAAUGGACUGGUUAGGGAUUGGGCUUUAGUGUCUCUGGGUAAAGAUAUGGGGGAUUCUGUGCAUGUACAUAUCUGGCUGAUGAAUGGUUGCUGCUUUUGUUUGGUGGUGAGGGGGUGAUCGUGUAGCCACGUCCCUUUACAUUUCUCCUCUCACCUUUAGACGACCCAGGGAGAAUCUCAAUUGCAUACUUCUCGCAUACUCUCCUCGCCUCCUUCUCAAAACCAAUUGGAGGAGAAUGUUCAAGGGGAGUGACCUCUGGCGUUCUCAUCCAAUGGGUUUUGAAAAGGAGGCCAGGAGAGAGAUGAUGUGAGGCGUAUGUAAUUGAGCUUCUCCCCCAAUGUCCUCCUUGAUUUUGGGGGAGAAUGCGUCCUUCCUCACACCCUACUAUCCUUCCUUUUAUUCUCUCCUUACACUUCAUUCACUCCCUCUUUCCUUCCAUCCAUCCCUAAAUAUACAGUAUCACUGGUCUGACCUGAUGAUAUUGAUGAAAGGAAUAUAUGAAGGACACUGAUUUAUUUCACCAACAUACAAUAGGUCUGGUCAGGGAGCGUUUCCAGGAAGGAAGAGAGGAGAGGGCAGGGAGGAGAGGAUAGGAGGGCUGUAUUUCUGAAGUGGUUUACUUGGAUGAGACAGGUGUGUGUGUGUGUGGGGGGGGGGGGGGAGAAAUAAAGAAACUUUCUCAAUUAAAUCAGUCUGGUGUUGUCUAUACAUAAACACACACACACACCUGUAUAAAAGAUCCCAGAAAUGUUUCAUUCUCUCAAAUUGUGAGCACAAAUUUGUUUCCAUUAUUGUUAGUGAGCAUUUCUCCGUCAUCAAAAUAUGCCACACCUGUCAGGAGGAUGGAUUAUCAUGAGGCUGAUUAAACAGCAUGAUCAUUAUACAGGUGCACCUUGUGCUGGGGACAAUAAAAGGCCACUCUAAAAUGUACAGUUUUGUUACACAGCACAAUGCCACAGAUGUCUCUAGUUUUGACAGAGUGUACAUUUGGCAUGCUGACUGCAGGAAUGUUCACCAGAGCUGUUGCCAGAGAAUUUAAUGUUAAUUUCUCCACCAUAAGCCGCCUCCAAUGUCAUUGUGAGGACUCGCAACCCGAAGACCACUUGUAACCACGCCAGACCAGGGUCUCCACAUCUGGCUUUUUCACCUGCGGGCUCAUCUGAGACCAGCCACCCGGACAGCUGAUGGAACCGUGGUUUUGCACAAAUGAAGAAUUUCUGCACAAACUGUCAGAAACCGUUUUAGGGAAGCUCAUCUUCAUGCUCGUCGUCCUCACCAGGGUCUCGACCUGAAUGCAGUCUGUUAAGACUCCAGACAUCAGUGGGCAAAUGCUUACCUUCGAUGGAAGUGUGCUCUUCACAGAUGAAUCCCAGUUUCAACUGUACCUGGCAGAUGGCAGACUGUAUGGCAUGGUGUAGGCGAGUGGUUUGCUGAUGUCAAUGUUGUGAACAGAGUGCCCCAUUGUGGUGGUGGGGUUAUGGUACGGGCAGGCAUAAGCUACGGACAACGAACACAAUUGCAUUUUUAUCAAUGUCAAUUUGAAUGCACAGAGAUACCGUGAAGAGAUCCUGAGGCCCAUUGUCGUGCCAUUCAUUCGCCGCCAUCACCUCAUGUUUCAGCAUGAUAAUGCAUGGUCCCGUGUGGCAAGGAUCUAUACUCAAUUCCUGGAAGCUGGAAAUGUCCCACUUCUUCCAUGGCAUGCAUACUCAUUAGACAUGUCACCCAUUGAGCAUGUUUGGGAUGCUCUGGAUUGACACGUACUACAGCGUGUUCCAGUUCCUGCCAAUAUCCAGCAACUUCGCACAGCCAUUGAAGAGGAGUGGGACAACAUUCCACAGGCCACAAUCAACAGCCUGAUUAACUCUAUGCAAAUGAGAUGUGUUAAUGUGUUCUUAACUGACUUGCCUAGUUAAAUAAAGGUUAAAUAAAUAAAAAAUAAAUGUGUUGCGCUGCAUGAGGCAAAUGGUGGUAGUCACACCAGAUACUGACUGGUUUUCUGACCCAUGCCCUUACCUUUUUUUUUAAGGUAUCUGUGACUAACAGAUUUAUAUCUGUUUUCCCAGUCAUAUGAAAUCCAUAGAUUAGGACCUAAUGAAUUUAAAAUGAACUGAUUUCUUUAUAUGAACUGUAAAAUUGUUGAAAUUGCUUUUAUAUUUUUGUUCAGUGUAGCAUAAUCUUCCAUAAUAGACCAUGCAUUAUUUGUUGCAUAUAGUCUCCUGAGGAUUAAUCUCCCACAAAUGAAAAAAUAUGUGAUUUUGGAUCUCAAUUUACUGUUGAGAGUUAGAAUAGUAGAAUACACCAGGUGCAAAUUCGAAAUGUGGUUAUGCAUCAGCAGUUUUUCUCUUAUGUCAGUCACUGACAGUCACUCAACUGGCCCAUGUUAGCAUUUUUUAAAUUUCAUUUAGUCUAGCCAGCAAUCUACCCUUGUAGCAAUCAUGGUCUAAUUACCGACCAGGGGGACCCCAAUGAUUUUGUUAGUCACUCUCACUCAGAUAUGAUAUUAACAACUUCAAACAUUUCUAUCCACCCUAUGGCAAAAUGCAUAGAAUUGUGUGAAAUUAGCUCUAAAUCUGUGCAGCAAAACAUUUCAGUUGCCCCACUCUUGAGUGAAAACUCCCAUUUAAAAAUUACUUUUCUGCAAUUUUACAGAUUUUGUCAUGACUUAUUUCAUGUUAAUAUGAUAUCUGACUAAGAAUGACUACCAAAAUCAAUAAAACCACAUGUCAUUUGCCUGGAACCGACCCUGACUGUGGCCCCUCAUGAUAAGUUCAGGGUUUUUGUGGGCCCCACACCAUCAGUUGCCCAUCCCUGGUUUACUUUAUUCUAGUGACAGUAACACACUAGACUAGCUUCACUAUUGAAUUGUA